AUGUCAACCAAUGAUAGAAAAACAAAAAUGAGAUCGAAUAUUAAAUGGCAUCGGCAAAAACGUCUUCAACGUAUAGAAUAUACUGAUGAUACAUAUUCAAAAUCUAAAACCGAAUCAGUUUCAAAUGAUAUAGAAAAAUCACAUUUGAAUUAUAAUAUUGAACCGACCAUUGAAGUAAUAAACCCUGAACCUUCUGUAACAGUCAUCAAAAAAUUAUCUGAACAAUUAAUUGAAGAGAUUAAUAAUUAUGAUGAACUAAUUGAAGAGAUGCAAUAUUCAGAUAAUGAUAAUGGAAUAAGUUUUGAAGAUUCGGAUGAUUAUAAUAUUUCUGCUGGAACUGUAGAUUGGAAUGAAGCUUUCCAAAUACCCAAUGAGAGUGAUGGAUGA